UGGAGCUAUUUCCCCAGGCUGGAAAUCUAUAGGGAUGAAACUCUGCUCAACUUGGAAUAAAAACAACUAAAGAUAAGGUCUUUAUCAAGCCAGCUGAAAUCAGCUGAGCUUGGUUCUUUUGGAAGUAUCAGUAGGAGUUACUCACAUUUUGAUGUUGUUUUCCAGAACCCUGAGGUUUGCUGUCUUUAUUAGCUUAUUUCAAUGACAACCUCGAGUGAGAUUUAUGGUGAUUAAAGAACUCUGAUCCAUCUCAGUUUACAUAUUCUUAACUAGGCUUGCAGUUUAGCUGUAAGUGAUUGUGUGUUCGACAUAAUCUGAGCUGAAAUGGAUGCUGAACUGAAUAUAACCUUGGUGGUUCUUGCAGGACAUCUGGAAGUGAGCAAAUACAGAUUUUUGUUUUUUGGGAUAAUUCUUACAGUAUAUCUUCUCAUAAUAAGCUCCAAUUCUACUAUUGUGUAUCUCAUUUGGAUUCAUCAGAACCUCCAUGAGCCCAUGUACAUUUUCAUUGCUGCUCUGUUGAUCAACUCUGUUUUGUGGAGCACCGUCAUCUACCCAAAACUUUUGAUUGACUUUAUAUCAGAAAAGCAAACAAUUUCAUAUUCUGCCUGCCUCCUUCAGUUUCAUUUGUUUUAUUCUUUUGGAGGCUCUGAUUUCCUUUUGCUGGCAGCCAUGGCUUAUGACAGGUAUGUGUCCAUAUGCAAACCUCUGCAGUAUCACACUAUUAUGAAGAACUCUACUGUCAGUAUUCUCCUUGUGCUAGCUUGGAUUCUGCCUGCCUCUCAGGUUGCGGUGGCAGCCGGCCUGAGUGCUGAUAAUAAGCUUUGCAGCUUCACUCUGAGAGGCAUCUUUUGCAAUAACUCAGUUUACAAACUGCAGUGUAUAGUCUCAAAAGCACAAAUCAUACUUGAUGCGGUGGUUCUGCUGAACGUAGCCCUUUUCCCAUUGCUCUUCAUUCUCUUCACUUACUCUGUGAUACUUACAGUAUCGAUUGGAAGCAGCAGAGAGGUAAGAAAAAAAGCAGCACAGACCUGUUUACCCCACUUAGCUGUCCUCAUCAGCUUUUCUUUUUUGUGUGUUUUUGAUGUCCUUACAGUCCAUCUGGAAUCCGGUUUUCCAAAUAUGUUGCGAUUAAUUAUGACUUUACAGUUAAUAAUGUAUCAGCCCCUCUUUAAUCCAGUCAUCUAUGGACUGAAAAUGACAGAAAUUCAUAAACACCUCAAAGGGCUGUUACUUUCAGCAAAAUGGCUUUGAUGUCAAAAAAAAGUUUUUUGAAUGUCAUUUAAACACAAAACAGGACCCUGUUUAUUUGUUUAAGUUUUAUAUUGGAAUUUGAAUGAUAAAUACAUAUUAAUUGUUGAAUUUAAACAGGUUUUUUCUGGCAUUGUAGUUUCACACAGAAUGACUACAAUAUUUUAACUGAAAUUCCUCCAUUCUGCAUGUUCUAAAACAUUCAUUUAUUGGGUUUUGUUCCUGAUGUUUUGAGUAUCGGUGUUAAAUAUAAAUAUAAAAGAAACAUUUGUUUUUGCUCCUAUUUUUCAUGAGCUGAACCCAAAGAUAUGAAACAUUUUCUAAAUACGCUAAAGACUCAUUACUCUCAAAUCUGUGUCAAUCUCCUUUGCUGAGAUUAUCUGUCCCACCUCACAGGUGAGGCAUA